AUGACCGACUUCUCUUCUUGGAAGGUCGCAGACCUGAAGGCUGAGCUCAAGAGGCGCGGCAUUCCCCAAACUGGCCUGCGCCUGAAGCAACAAUUCAUCGACAAACUGAACGAACAAGACGCGGUCGCCCGAUCUGAAGAUUCAACAGCUCCAUCCAACACCGAAACCCAGCUCGAGCCCCAGCCUGAGCCUGAACCUACCAAGGAUAAUGGACCCGAAACAAUCGAGCAGGAUACCACCCAAACGUCAGAACAGAAAUCUGCAGAGCCCGCCGAAGAACCUCAACAGAACGCCUCCGAAGAAAAUGAAGAACAGCCCUCGCCCCCCGCCCACACCGAAAAUAGUGAGCCGGCGAAAGGGGAUCAAGCUAAUGAACCAAUUGAGCCCGCGAAUGGGUCAAAAGAAGGCAAUGACCAAGUGGCUACAAAGAACCAGGAUGUCGUUGAAAACCCAGCUUCAACUGAGGCUGAGGCUGAGCUGGUGGAUCAAGGAGGGGAAAAUGCUAAUGAGGAGAGCGCUGGUUCAGCAAAACCUGGGGAUGUCCCUGCACUCCAGACAUCCGAAGCCAAUACAAGGUUGUCAACACCUGUCCCAGUGGAAGAAGCCUUAGAAGACAAGCGCAAGCGCAAGCGCCGCAGCCAAAGCCCUGUUCCCACAGCAGAGGCAAUUGCGAAAAAAAAGUCGCGGGCGGAAGAGGAUCAAUCUAUCGGCCCCGCGAAGGACGACAACGAACUCUCCAAAGAUGAGACUGUCAGAUCACUGCCUCAGAAGGACGGACCGGCACCUGCCAAAGAUGCGCGUUUUCGAGAUCUUGUGGCUCCUACUGCACCUACUCCCAUGCAGGAGGAUAUCGCCAUGCCUGAUAUGGAUGUGGAGCCCGCUGUGCACCCAGCAACCUCUGCACUCUACAUUGAUGGCCUCAUGCGUCCACUGCAGCCCGCUGCCCUCCAGAAACACCUAGUCGCUCUUGCGGCUCCUAUCGAUACCGAGCCGGCCCCUGAUGUUAUACAGGAGUUCUUUCUCGAUGCCAUCAAAACGCACUGUUUUGUCAAGUUCCGCGAUAUCGCUUCUGCGAGUCGUGUCCGUGCAAGUCUCCAUGGAAUGAUUUGGCCCAACGAGCGUAACCGCAAGACUCUACGGGUCGAUUUCAUCCCCGACGACAAAGUUGAAGAGUGGAUCCGUACUGAAGAAUCAUCGCGAAGCCGAGCCGGCCCACCUGUCCGUUGGGAGAUUCAAUAUGAGCGCGACGGGGACGACGGAGUCACGGCUGUUCUUUCUGAGGUGGGAAGUACUCGACCUGGUGCGUCGCGAUCGCGCGAACCUGGCUUCAACCGAACACCGCCCCUGGGCCCUCGUGGCAGCCUUACCCAAGCUCCAGUAGACCCCAAACAUUCCUCACACUCCGGACAGGGCUUUAAGCCCCUGGAUGAGCUGUUCGACUCAACCACUACAAAGCCCAAGCUCUACUAUAAGAGAGUCCCUCGAUCCGUCGCCGACAAGCGUCUAGACCAGUUCGACGAGUUGCUCAAAAAGGGUCCAGUUCCACGCCGAGGAGGAAACGAGAUGCGCCGUAUCACCUUUGAGGAUGAUGACUACUUUGUCGAUCUUGGACCUGAGUAUGGGCCUGGAUCACGUCCAAAUAUGCGUACCGGAAGAGGCGGACGGGGCGGACGAGGCGGCCGAGGCUACUAUGGUCGCGGGUAUUAA